AUGGAGGUCACUGAGAAGCGGUACCUGUUGGACAGCAGGACUGGAGUCCGGUCAUACAUGGGGUCUCUGUGGCAGGAAGGGAUGGGCUGGAUCCCCCAGCCAGGGCCUGGCCCAGACAUGCAGGCCAUGGAGCUGGCUGCCCAGAGCAACCACUACUGCCAUGCCCAGAGGGGUGCACACAGUCAACACGACCUCAAGCGGGAGCAGGCCCGGCGCCAACUCUAUGUGGCCUCUGCCAUCUGCCUGGUGUUCAUGGUUGGAGAAAUCAUUGGUGGGUACCUGGCACACAGCCUGGCCAUCAUGACUGAUGCAGCCCACCUGCUCACUGACUUUGCCAGCAUGCUUGUCAGCCUCUUCUCCCUCUGGAUGUCCUCCCGACCCGCCACCAAGACCAUGAACUUCGGCUGGCAGCGAGCUGAGAUCCUGGGAGCUCUGUUGUCCGUGCUGUCCAUCUGGGUGGUGACCGGAGUGCUGGUGUACCUGGCCGUGCAGCGGCUGAUCUCUGGGGAGUACGAAAUCGAGGGGGGCACCAUGCUGAUCACAUCCGGCUGUGCUGUGGCUGUGAACAUCAUCAUGGGGUUGAUCCUUCACCAGUCCAGCCAUGGGCACAGCCAUGGCCAUGGGCACAGCCAUGACGCUGGUCAAUCACAGGAGAACCCCAGCGUCCGAGCCGCUUUUGUCCACGUGAUUGGAGACUUUCUGCAGAGCUUGGGUGUGCUGGUGGCAGCCUAUAUUUUAUACUUCAAGCCGGAGUACAAGUACAUAGAUCCCAUCUGCACCUUCCUCUUCUCCAUCCUGGUCCUGGGGACAACCUUGACCAUCCUGAGAGACGUGAUCCUGGUGCUGAUGGAAGGGACCCCCAAAGGCAUGGACUUCACAGCUGUGCGGGAUCUGCUGCUGUCGGUGGAAGGGGUGCAAGCCUUGCACAGUCUGCACAUCUGGGCGCUGACCAUGGCCCAGCCCGUGCUCUCCGUCCACAUCGCCAUUGCGGAGAAUGCAGAUGCUCAGGCUGUGCUGAAGAUGGCCAGUGCCCGCCUCCAGGGGAGGUUCCACUUCCACACCAUGACCAUCCAGAUCGAGGACUACUCUGAGGACAUGAGGGACUGCCAGGCAUGCCAAGGCCCCUCAGACUGAUCUCCUAGCCCAGGGCCCACAGGGACACAAACAGGACCUGCAGGGAGCCGGCCUGACUGUCCCCAGGCUCA